AGUAAAAGGCAAUUGAUUUCCAGGCAGAGUCUCAUUCCCAGAGCCACAGAGGGAAAGAGAGCGCUGAGCCGCCGCUUCCCAUCCCCAGAGCAGCACCAGCGGGAAUUCACUAGUCCUCCUCCCAACUGUCAGCUUCAGUGUUAGCGAGUCACAAGUUACAGCGCAGCUCUCUAACACCCACUCUCUGUGAGCAGCAUGCGCGGGACCUGGGAGAGUGCAGCACCCUGAUCUGUCCCUGGGAGGGCAAGAAGCUCAUUUAGGUGCAGGAAGAGUUAAUCUGAGCACAUAUCUGCCCAUCUGAGUCACCCUGCCUGGUGUGACUACCUCUGUGGGUGCCCACAAUAAAAACCACAGGAAGAGCCACAAAGUGCGGGUAACCUGCCACCAGAUGCUGCAGCCCAUGUGACAUGCCAAGGAGAGGGGCCCUCAGAUGCUGCUUGGCACCCAGUCCUGCCUACAGAGCACCCACUAGAUUUCAGCCUAUUCCUAGGGCCACUGGAGGAGCUGUUGAAGCCAAUUGGAGAUCAAAUUCACUCCAGCAGCUACCCAGGACUUGGGCAAAGUUCCUUUCAGCCGAUAUCCAGUAUAUUGUGGUGGCCGGGCUGCCUGGUACUGUCUAGACUACCCUCUUGCUUGGGGCAAACUGCUGAAACUUUGAAGAAAGUUCCCUGGGGAGAGUACAUAGGUGCAGCCUCCCUAACCAUUGAAUUAUGUCAGUGAUCACUGACUCCUUAGCCUGAUCACUGUCUCUUGAGACCCCUGAGCGUAACUAUUGACUCCUGGGAGCGAUCACUGACUGCCAGCUGUUGCGACUGCCCAUUUAAAAGUGAUUUACUCACCAGGCUUGUUGUGAUGCGUAUCCCCGUAGAUACCAGCACCAGCCGCCGCUUCACGCCGCCCUCCACCACUCUGAGUCCGGGGAAGAUGAGCGAACCGAUACCGCUGAAUAUCGCGGACAGCAGCGCCGCCCUGGUGGGCAAACUGAGAAGUACAGACCGGAAUAUGGUGGAAGUAUUGUCCGAUCAUCCCGGAGAACUGGUCCGCACAGACAGCCCCAACUUUCUCUGCUCGGUGCUUCCCACACACUGGAGGUGCAACAAGACCUUGCCCAUCGCUUUCAAGGUGGUGGCCUUGGGAGAAGUUCCAGAUGGGACACUGGUGACAGUGAUGGCUGGCAAUGAUGAGAACUAUUCUGCUGAAUUAAGAAAUGCCACAGCAGCCAUGAAGAGUCAAGUGGCCCGCUUCAAUGACCUGAGAUUUGUCGGAAGAUCUGGAAGAGGAAAAAGUUUCACCCUGACUAUCACUGUCUUCACCAAUCCCCCGCAGGUGGCUACCUACCAUCGCGCCAUUAAAAUCACAGUGGAUGGACCUCGCGAGCCACGGCGACACCGACAGAAAUUAGAUGAACAGACAAAACCGGGAAACUUGUCCUUUUCCGAACGACUCAGUGAACUGGAACAUUUUCGCCGAACGGCCAUGAGGGUCAGCCCGCAUCACCCAAAUCCCAUGCCCAACCCACGUGCCACCCUAAAUCAUUCCGCAGCUUUUAAUCCUCAGCCUCAGGGUCAGAUACAAGUUGCAGAUACAAGACAAGUCCAGGCGUCUCCUCCUUGGUCGUAUGAUCAGUCCUACCAGUACCUGGGAUCCAUAGCAACUCAGUCUGUACACCCUGCUACCCCCAUAUCUCCAGGAAGGGCAAGCAGUAUGACGUCUCUCAGCGCUGAGCUCUCCAGCCGACUUUCAGGAGCCUCGGACCUGACAGCAUUCAGUGAUCCUCGAGUUGGCAUUGACCGACAGUUCUCCACUCUUCCUUCCAUCUCUGAUCCACGUAUGCACUACCCAGGGGCUUUUACCUACACCCCAACACCGGUCACUUCAGGUAUAGGAAUCGGCAUGUCAGCAAUGACCUCUGCUACAAGGUACCACACCUACCUACCCCCUCCAUAUCCUGGAUCUUCCCAGGCACAAAGUAAUCCCUUUCAGACCAGCUCUCCAUCUUACCAUCUCUAUUAUGGAACAUCCGCUGGAUCCUACCACCAGUUCUCUAUGAUGUCAGGAGGAGAACGAUCUCCGCCUCGCAUCCUCCCACCUUGCACAAACGCUUCCACGGGGUCCACUCUCUUGAACCCCAACCUUCCAAACCAAAGUGAUGUAGUGGAGGCUGAGGGAAGCCAUAGCAACUCUCCUACCAACAUGGGAAGCACCCCAAGGCUUGAGGAAGCCGUAUGGCGGCCAUACUGAGAUGUUGUUGACACAUGCAAGUAAUUAAAGGAGGACACGUCGGAAGAAUGAGAUACUGGACAGGUGGAAAAACUGUGAAAGCCUCUUCUGGUUUAGCGACGCUGUGAAAAGGCAAAGAUAGAAGGAGAAUACACGGAGAGAAUACGCAUACAGGCCACAAGCUGUUCCUCCCCAGGAUUUAAUAUUUCCUCUGUAUUUUCAACAUAUUUUGGAUUACAAUUUUUUUUUUUAAAUUAUUAAAUCCAGAUUUACAAUAUGUGUUUUUUCCAGAACCAUACGCUAAAUUAUUGGAACAUUACAAAGACUGGGCUUUGUGGCUUGUUACAGCCUGUGUAAUAUAAUGUCACUCCCUUUGUACAAAAAAAAAAUCCCCCCAAAAAAAAAAUUAAAAAAAAAAUGACCCUGCUCUGAAAUUUCAAAUUUUGCAACCCUGUUAAUAGGCACCUUACUGUUUUUUUGCUUAUUUUGUUUGCAUUUUUAGCUUCCAUUUAUGAUCCAUUUUUUUUUACAUAAACUUUUGUAUAUUUUUUUUGUAAGAUUUCCUGUGCUCAGUGUAGCCGCUCAGUGACCUGCUGGGUCCCCACUGGAAAAAAACGUGUGCUUUAUUUAUAUGUAAAAAAAAUUCAGGGUGUCCGUAUCCGCUGAAACUUGUACGCUCCAAACGAUACAAGACUAUUGUUUACAUGUUUAUUUUAUAUUAGAAUGAAUUACUUUUAUUUAAAUGCAUUUCCCCCUUAAACUGAUUGGACAAGCUCGAUCGGAUCUGCUCAAAGGAACAUAUUUAUGUGUAUAACAUGGCCUUGAUAUGGUGCUCAUUUUGCCCCCUUCAUGCUCGAAAUAAAUUGCUGUAAAAUUGCUCAUAUCACACUUCUGAGAUCUUUUUGCAAUCAUUUUCUCUUGUUUUCAAGAUAUUGGCACUUUUUACACUGCUAAUGCAAUCACUUUGAAACAACAGCAGCUGUCUACUGUUCAUUUGCUUAACUUAAAUCUGCGGAAAAUUGAUUUUAUGAGAAGAGGGAAGUCUUGUGAUGCUGCUCUGCUCAGAAAAUGAGGUUAGUGAGCAGAGAAAAGGCAUCUGAUUGUUAUUUGGUUAUUACUAAGCAGACUAUCAAUUCAAUUUCCCAGAUUCAAUUCAGUGAGAAACAGUUAUCUCCGGGUCUAUCACCGGAAAACUCAUGGGUGAAAUUCAAUUCAAGAUUCCUAAUUGAGAUCCAGUUUCUCCCUAUAGACUUCAAUAGAGUUUUUCACAUGAUAAACAAUAAGAUAAAUGUUUCUGAAUUGAAUUGAAUCUGGCCCAAAAAUUUUUUUCAGCUGAUGGGAGUUGACCAAAAUGAACAGCAGGUGGUGCUGUUGUUUCAAAUUCAGUGUAAAACUGCUAAUAUCGUGAAAAAUAGAACGGAUCAUGAAUGCAAACUGCAAAAGUGCUGAGAACAGCACUACAUGAACUUCAGAAUUACAAGGGUUACAAGCUGAUCCUCCAAGAUAUUUGAUUAUGCUGCAAUUUGUAGUUUCCAGUGGCUGAAUAAUUGGGUCAACUCAUAGCAAACCAAAGCAUGAGGUUGUUCAGUAGAUUAACCUACAGCCAAUCAGAGAAUUGGGGUGUUUACAUUUAGACUAACCUGCAUUUAAUGAGUUUAGGGUGGGCAUAAGUUCACACAAUUUCCAAGUCCUUGCCUCUCAGCAAGCUGGUUGGCUGCAUAACUGGCCAAUCAGGUUGCGCCGCAGGUUCCUUUAUAGCGCAGAAUAGACUAUUAUUAAAUCCCAUUCAUUCUUAUGUUCCUAAACUGGAAUCAGUAGAGCAGCAUAGUGAGUGUUUCAGGGUGCUGAGCUUGGUGAAGUGGUGGACUCAGCAGUCAGUAUUAGAGCGGGUGGGACAGGACUGGGGUCACGCAUUUCGCAGUAAAACCCAUGUCACUAUAUUAAGAUCAAGUGGCAGUUAAUCACACGGUCAAACCAACCCAAUCCAAGCAGUAGAUUGUUCACAUGAUUAGAACAACUUCCAGCCAAUCAGUUUAUCAGAACCUUUCAGAUAUUGAUACCAACCUGGGGCCAAUCAGAGCGUUAGGAUGUUCAAAGUGCUCAUCCCUCCUUUAGCCAAUGAAAGCACUGGAACAUACAGGACAGGUUGCUGACAGCACGUUUAGUUCAAUGUAUGAAAUGGCCAAAGUGUUGUUUUUUAAAAAAAAAAAAAAAAAAUAUUUCAAAGAAAAUAUUUGCACUGAAUUUACGCCUAAAUCUUCCAAAAAAAAAGAUGAUCUCAUUUUAAAGGCAAAUGUAACCUUAUUUAUACGUUGGGUUUAUUAUUUUUUAUAAAAUGUUAAAUAAAGCCUAGGUUCUGCACAGGGAGCCUUAUUUAUGUGUAUAUUUAUUAAUAUGUGUAGGAGCUGUCAUACUGCUUUCUCUGCCAUGGUAAAAUGAACGCUCUUGCUUCAAUUCCACUGAGUCAGCGCCCCUCGGUGGCCAAAUGGAAAAUAAAAUUUGAGCAUGCUUG